AGUCUGUACUCUGUAGUUUUUAUACGUAAUAAUAAGUCCUAUAACCUAUAAUUAUCAUUUCAAUUUAUAAAAGUUAAAACAUUUUGUAAAUGAUUAAAAUUAUGCCAUAUUCAAGAGUGUAUUGCAAUUUAAAUAGUUUUUGUAAACCAAUUAAAAAAGGGCAAAAUGGAAAAUAAUUAUCAGUUCUUACCAUAGUAUAAGCCUUGUGUGUAUAAGUGUUGAAGAAUAUAGAAGUGAUUUAAAAUUAACUACAUAUUUACUAUGGUUAUACUCGAUACAAUGGAAGGUUUUGGUAAUUUGGAGGAAGAAGCACUGAAGCGAAAAGAGAGGUUAAAAAAUUUAAAGAGAAAAAAUCCUAAUAGCACUGAAGUCAAGAAUGAAGGAGUACUAUUACCAAAGCCAAAGUUUAGAAGCUACAAACCUCAGGAUGAGCUCUUACAAGAAUCAAAAUUAAAGGAAGCUGAACCAGCCAAAGUUGAUGAAGAGAUUAAAGAUUUAGUUGAAGCUGGUAAAGAAAAGGUGGUUCUUCAAGAUUUGGAUAUCACCAGCCUUGCACCUCGCAAACCGGACUGGGAUCUCAAAAGAGAUGUUGCAAAGAAAUUAGAAAGACUUGAACGGAGGACUCAAAAAGCGAUAGCCGAGUUGAUUUGGGAGCGGCUUAAGGAAGGCACAGAGGAGAACCUUAGUGCUAUGAUUACCAUGACUGACACUAGAGUGGCUGGUGGUGAUGACUGAACAAAAUUAAGUGAUUCAAAAUGAUUUAUAUUUUCUGUUAAACCAGCGGAUGUGUAAUGAAGAUAAUGCAACAGAUUAAAUAAAACCCUUUCACCAAUUUUAA